AUGAGUCGACCGGGGUGGCCAGUUCAUUUUUGGCCGACAUCCCGAUCAGCAGACAACGGAACCCCAGUCAAUCAAAAAGGCCUGUCCAAGCCCAGCUCCUUUCCCGAAAGGGGCCCUCCGCCAAGCACUCUCGAGACGACGACGUCCCCUCAGCGAGUCAACACCUGUGCGGCCAAACUCUAA